AUGGGUAUGGAAGCCGUCACGGCCAGCCACAUUUUGGCUUUGGUGUUGAUUUUCUUAUCCAUGCAUGGUGUAUUUACUCAGGAUUCUGCCUGUGAUGGAUGGUAUGGUACUGGAGUUACAGUUUCAGAAUCUGUGAGAACAAUUAUAACAAGUCCCAACUUUCCUCUUGACUAUGACAAUGAUAAGAAAUGCAUCUGGCGAGUAAGUACUUCAGAUGCUGGCCUUAUUAUAAAAGCAACCUUCAAUGAAUUUGAUCUACAAUAUAACACUGGAUCAGGAGACUGCCCAUUUGAUAGUCUGACAUUUUCGGAUGGUGACUCAUCUGGUGGUGAUGUUAUUGGAAAAUACUGUGAUACCAUUUACCCUGAGGUUAUUUAUUCAACUGAAAAUGGAAUGUACAUUGAGUUCCAGAGUGAUAGCUUACAUACAUACAAGGGAUUCGAGAUCACUGUUUCGGCAGUAAAAGCAGGUACCCACAAAAGUAACUAA